GCCGGGCCUUGCGGGAGGAGGCGGAGGGAUCGUGGCCGCCGCCGCCGCCGCCUCCUCAGGUGGUUGUGAGGCCGGGGCUCGGGGGCUGCGGCCGGUCUCCCUCCGCCGUGAUCGCAGGAUGAACCGCAGCCAUCGGGCCGGGCCUGGCAGCGGCUGCCUCGGCACCAUGGAGGUGAAGAGCAAGUUCGGAGCAGAGUUUCGUCGAUUUUCCUUGGAACGAUCCAAACCAGGAAAAUUUGAAGAGUUUUAUGGAUUAUUGCAGCAUGUUCAUAAAAUACCCAAUGUUGAAGUUUUAGUGGGCUAUGCAGACAUUCAUGGAGACCUGCUACCCAUAAAUAAUGAUGACAACUACCAUAAAGCGGUUUCAACAGCCAAUCCACUGCUUAGGAUUUUCAUACAAAAAAAAGAGGAAGCGGACUACAGUGCCUUUGGUACCGAUACUUUGACAAAGAAGAAGAAUGUCUUAACUAAUGUAUUACGUCCUGACAACUCUAGAAAGAAACCCCACAUAGUUAUUAGCAUGCCUCAAGACUUCAGGCCCGUGUCAUCCAUCAUAGAUGUGGAUAUUCUCCCAGAAACACACCGCAGGGUUCGUCUUUACAAGUACGGAACCGAAAAACCACUAGGAUUUUAUAUCCGGGAUGGCUCCAGUGUAAGAGUAACAGCACAUGGUUUAGAGAAGGUACCGGGAAUCUUUAUAUCCAGACUUGUUCCGGGUGGCCUGGCCCAAAGCACAGGCCUGUUAGCGGUUAACGACGAAGUGUUAGAGGUGAAUGGCAUAGAGGUUUCCGGAAAAAGUCUCGAUCAAGUUACAGACAUGAUGAUCGCAAACAGCCGCAACCUGAUCAUAACAGUGAGGCCAGCGAACCAGAGAAAUAAUGUCAUUAGGAACAGUCGGACUUCUGGCAGUUCAGGGCAGUCUACGGAUAAUAGCCUGCCCAGCUAUUCUCAACAAUUUGAGACGAAUUUCGAACCAGAGGAUGAAGAUAGUGAGGAAGACGACAUUAUCAUUGAGGAUAAUGGAGUGCCCCAGCAAAUCCCAAAGGCCGUCCCAACUACUGAGAGCCUGGAGUCGUUAACACAAAUCGAACUCAGUUUUGAGUCAGCCCAAAAUGGUUUUAUUUCUUCUAAUGAAGGGAGUUUGCAUCAUACAGCAAGUGGCACUAACAUGGAGUAUGAAAUGUGUGCUCUGGACCAAAAGCCCUUGGAAGAAGAUGGAACUGUUAUAACAUUAUGAAGCUAAUUUGAGUGUUCGGCUGGUUUUUGUUGUAGAGUCUUUUUGUUGUUGCUGUGGUUUUUUUGUUUUGUGGUUUGGUGUUUUUUUUUUGUCUCUUUUUUGGUUUUUAAGUGAAGGUGCCACAGAACUUUUAAAUUAGUCUAUGGAAGGCAUAUGAGUGAACCUCUUAAUCUACCAAGCACUACAAACCAGAGUAGGCAAGAGAAAGUAGUGCUGGAUGUUUUAAAAAAUAUUAAUUAUAUCAACUUGAUUGUUUAGUCUUGGGUAACACUCAGUCCUGAAGGAUCAGAGGCAAACUGGAGUUGAUUAAAGAGGAGCUUUUGGGUGAUGAAGUUAUAUAUUUACCUUCUGGAAUUUUGUAUGAGUUGCUACUGAUUUUAGAGAGUUAAGUUUUCAGUAUAUAUGAAGUAUAGUAGAUAACUCUGAAGAAAAAUAGUUGUUUGCUAACCUACCACACGGAGCCCAGGACAUUUACCCCUUAAUUAAUGCUCUUAACUGAACUCUUCAGAUUCUCUUGUGAAGGUCUUCCUCAACCUCCUCUGAACCAGUCCUCUUGGCUUUGCAGUAUUUUAUGACCUUGAUUUCGUUAAUAUUUAUGUUGUUACUCGAGCCAAAUGAUUUUACUAUAAGUGUAAAAUUUAAUUCUGUAAUAAAUCAAACCAAUUAGCUACUCCGAAAAGGUAUGUCUCUUAUGAAAUGUUGAGGUCAUUCCUGGAUGUAAUGAAAACUUGGUGAAAAUGUACGUAGCAGAGUUGGUGAAAUACUUUGCCAACCAAUUCCACGGGGAUGUAGCUUAUCAUUUGAAGGCAGUUCUUUCCCUGAUGGUGUUUAUGGUAGUUUCUUUGGCUUACCAUAAACAGUAGGCAUUCCUUUUCCUCGUUCUCCAUCCUCACUUUUUAAUGGGGAGUAUUUCCCCUUUAUUUGUGGGAUUGAUUUGCACUUGUGCCUUUUAUUUACCCUGUGAAUUUUAUUGGUGUAAAAUGCACUUGAAUGAAGGGGAGAAAAUGAUGCACAGAUACAGGAUGAACAUGUGCACUUUUUUAUGAAGUUGUAUUUCAUGUAAUGAGGUUUUUCUUUGCAUCUGAUAUGGGACACUGCCUACACUAUGGAAGAGAGAGGGAGGUAUUCUUGUUAAGUGAAAGAUGGAGUGUCAUUGGUGUUAGCAUAUUUUUAUUGCUUUGACACUAACAUCCAUAUAGAAUUAGUAAUGCUGCUAACUUUCAUCCUUUGUCCAAUUUUUAAUUGUUUAAUAUGCACGAACACUGCAGUGUAUGUAUAUAGAAUUUAAGAACAUUAUAAAAAAGUGCACAAGUCUCCAACACGUUUUAUGGCCGAGUUUCCCAUUCUGAUUAUUUAUUAACUUUAUAGUGGGGCUAGUGUGUAAGAAAGGAUUAGCCUUUGUAAGAAAUGUGUGCUAUUGAAAAGUUGUGACUCCGUUUUGAAGGAUGAUUCUAUACUGCUAAUUUAUAUAUAGAAUGAACGACUUGAGAAAAGUAUUCUGAACACUCGACAUCCUGAAAUGGAUGUUCUGACAGAACUACUGAACCGGUGCUUAUUGCACAGUUUGUGAUGGCCCGCUUUAGUCCUUACGACUGAAUUCUCGUAGAGAGCUUCCACCCAUAGAAACCGCUAUUAUUUUUCUAAAAACAUUUUUACAAGGAUUCCAGAAUGGAAAAAUAAUAAAACCUAAAAGAAGUUUAAAUUAGUUUUUUAUGUAAAUGGUACGAGGGUUGAAUGGAAGUUUUUUCUCUAUAAAAAUGCUAUUAAUCUUUCACAUGCUACCUCUCAAAGUUUUUUGGGGUUGUUUUGGACAAAAGAUUAACAUUUAAAAGUCCUCCUGGAAAGAUUACUUCAAAGUGUGGCUCUUAUAAAUCUUGAUUUUUAAGCUGUUAAAAUCCAAACAAUCAUUGUACGUAUAUAUAAUAGGAAAUGGAAGCUGCUAAUUGAAUUUCUUGUCUUACUAAAUAUUCUCUCCUAGACUUUGGUAAAUGAAAGUAUUAAUUGCAGAACAGUUCAUUUUAAGUGUGUUGGAGAACCAAUGUUUCUUGGUUGGCACACUGAAAAUAAAUCACUGUAGUGGAAAAAGAGACAAUGUCUUUAAAGGGCACCUUAUGUAGAUGGCAAAAUGCUGGCAGAUUCAGAAAACUGAUCCCAUUCUAAAAUUUAUUUCCUGACAUAGUUUUAAGUGAGUUGAGCCUAACUGUGAAUUUUAAGUUCUCUGUAUCUUAAGUAAAAUUAGGACAAUGCUCUCGUGAGCUGUCAACAAGAUAUGUAUACUUUUGUGAAUAUUAUGAAUUUUCUAAUUAAAUUUUACACGCAACGUGAUUUUUACAUGAAUGAUGAAAGCUGGUUCAAACUGUCAAAUAUCAGUAUUUUUACUACAACUUUAAUAUCAAGUGUACAUUAUCACACUAAAAUGAAUUUUGAUUUUUUUGAAAAAUCAAAAACUAGCUUGAGCUGUACAUUUCUUAUAUUUUUUACAAACUAGAAUAAUAAAAAUAUUAGAAUUGUGUAAA